GGUUUGUUAUGUAAUAAUAGACGACAAGACAGUAACGUUCAUGUUCCACACGUGUAUUUGUUAUGAAACGAUAGCAAAACGUUGAUUCACUCGUACCAAUUGGGACUUGACAUAAUGUUCUUAAAAUCAUCUAUUCGAAGACUCAGUUCAUUUGUGAAACCAAAUGAAUUCACAGAUUUACCAAAUACCAUGUCAGCUUGGCAAAUUUGUGGGUACAGUGGAUUGGAAUCUUUAAAGUUGAUCAAUACUGUGGAAGUACCUCCUCUUUCACGCCCAAAUGAUGUCUUAGUUAAAGUGAAUGCAGCAUCAGUAAAUGCACUUGAUGUAAUGAUGACAGAGGGUUACGGCCACCAGGUUUUUGAAAAAUUUAAUAAACUGAAAUCAAGUGUAUUCAGACAAAUGGCAAAUAAUCAGGAUCUUCCAUUAACGUAUCCUGGAAGAGACUUUGCAGGUGUUGUUCAAGCUGUGGGUGGAAGUGUCACAGGAAUUAAACCUGGUGAUGAAGUCAUGGGGGUUAUUCAACCUCCCUUACCAGGAUCCCAUGCUGAAUAUCUUGUAGCUUCAGCAUGCAACAUGAAACACAAACCAGAAAACUUGACCAUGGAAGAAGCAGCUUCUAUUCCUUAUGCUGGCCUCACUGCUUGGUCAGCAUUAAGUAUCACUGCUGAGCUAUGUAUUGGCUCUAAAGGUAAAAGGGUGCUUGUGCUUGGAGCAGCUGGAGGAGUUGGCACAAUAGCUAUACAGCUUUUGAAAAAUUGGGGCACAUUGGUUGUUUCAACAGGGUCCUCAGAAGCAAUUCCUUUUCUUUUGCAAUUAGGAUCUGAUUUUGCAGUUGACUACACCUCUCCUGAAGCAGAUUCUGAGUUACAACAGUUUGGGGGGUUUGAUGUGAUAUUGGAUUGUACUGGUCGAACUGAGAAGUUCUCGUACAGUCUGUUGAAACCCUGGGCAAACGCUAAGUACGUAACUUUAUCUCCGCCUACAUUGCGAAAUUUUGACGAACACGGAAUGAUUGGAGGAUUGAUGAAGAAUGGGUUGGAUUUACUGGCUGCAAACUCUACAGCCAUAAUAGAGGGUAAAACAUUGCGAUGGGCUUAUUUUAUCCCAAGCUCAACUGCACUCACGCAACUGGUUGAUUUAGCCCGACAGAAGAAGUUGCAACCGUCCAUCGAUAGUGUGUUCUCCUACGAUCAACUACCAGAAGCUUAUGCCAAAAUGAAAGGAGGGCAUAAGCACGGUAAAAUUAUUGUUCAAAUGUAAAGCAGGAGUUUUUCAUCUUUUUUUGUAAUUUAGUGAUCAAGGUAAAAAGAAUUUUAGGGUGAAGUCCAUUAAGAUAAUAUACAUUUUCAGACUAUGAAAUAUAAAUUGUGUAUUAA